AUUCUCAUUGGAAGAACAUGAAAUGUUCGAAAUUCUUGCUAAUUUACCUGGAAUAUAAGAAGAUUAGGAGCCAAUUCUGAGAAAGUCGAACUUCAACUUGUAUAAUUUUUUUUACCUUGUUGUAUUUCAAAUUUGUUUCUUAUUGUUAGUACCCUGUUUGAUUGCUGAGAGAGAAGUAAGAGGAGAUUAGCUGAUGGGACUCUUAGAGCUAGGAAAAACAAAACAAGGUUUUCCAUUUUCAGGAGAGUAAGUUGCCUGAAAAAUUCACUGGCUUUGAGUUUGGCUAGACACUUCCCUAAUUUGAUACUUUUAUUUCUUUACUGCUAUUCGUUUUGAUUUUCAGGAUAUUGGCGAUAACGAGACUAUCAUAAAAAAUGAAGAGAAUUCUUGGUGCAGCAGAUAGGAUCAGUAACCUGCCAAGCAACAUAAUAGAUGACAUUUUAGUACGCUUGCCUAUACAUGAUGCAGUGAGGACAAGUAUCUUGUCAAGGAAAUGGAGGUACAAAUGGUUAACUCUUCCACAACUUGUAUUUGAAGAUUCAUUCAGUGAACAAAUGACGAAGGAAUUGGGUGUGUUAUCUGAAGAAAAAUUAUUAGCAGCUGUUUAUCAAGCUUUAUUACUUCACAAGGGGCCCAUAGUUAAGUUCAGCUUGGCAGUUCCUGAAUUCGAAAGCUGUUCUUCAGUUGAUCAUUGGAUUCAUUUUCUAUCAUACCAUGAGAUUCAGGAAUUCUCCCUGUCCUUUUCCACAGGUUCUGCCCAUGUAUUGCCUUAUCAUAUUUUCUACUUUCUACAGUUGAGGCAUUUAAAACUUCGUCUUUGUCAGUUUAAGCCCCCACCUGCAUUUGGAGGAUUUAGUAGGCUCAUCAGCCUUGAAUUUAUCUGCAUGGACUUUGAAGCUGGACAAUUUGGGACCCUCAUCUCCAAUUCCCCAUUACUAGAACAACUGAGGGUGUUUGAUGGCUCCACUUUCAAUCACCUUGAAAUCAGUGCUCCUAAUCUCAAAAUCUUCCUCUUUAGGGGUGUUUUUGAAUCCAUCUCAUUCAAAAAUACACCAGUUCUUGCAGUAGUUUCAAUCGCUUUGAACAGAGCAGUGAACCAACGCCCAGGACGAUGUUCUAAACCAAUGAAGCUUGCUGAUUCUCUACCUGCCCUUGAGAAGCUCUAUGUGGGGUAUAACUUUUUAAAGCAUUUGGUUCAGUUGUUGAGAGCAGGAGACAGUGUAGCAGGGCCGCUGGGAAGGCCUUUAGAGCAUCUCAAAGUUCUUCGUGUUUGGAAAAUGCAUAUGGAAGAUAGGCAGGGAAUGUUGGAUGCUCUCCACUUAAUUAAAAACUCCCCCAACUUGCAGAAACUGAUAAUUGUAAUUGAGCCUUCGAGGGUGGCGGUUGUGGAAAAUUUGGUGGGGCAAGAUUUCUCAGCUUGCUGUCUGAAGAGACUUGAAGAGGUGGAGCUGCAUUUUAUCUCUGGUAUUGGGUCAGAAGUAGAGUUGAUAAAGCUGGUACUGGCCAAUGCACCUGGGCUUAAGAAAAUGAAAAUUAUUCCCAGUGAAAAUCUGCUUUCCCAUGCCAGAGGACUCGAGAUUUUGAAGAAGUUGAUACAAUUUCCUAGAGCUUCGCCAAAAGCAGAAAUCAAAUACUCAGAUUCCAAGUCCUCUAGAAUGCGUUACAAGGAGAACAAUGGUUAUCUUUAGCAGAUGUUGCUUUGGUGAAUGUUUCUCUCCCUUUUUGGCUUUUUGUUGUGUCUGGUAAUUUAUGAAUGGAUGUAUGCUACUUAUGCUUGCAAUGGACCUUUUGGCUACUUAACAGGCAUUAAAACUUCCUAGUUUUGUCAAGUACUUGUAGAUAUUUUUAAUCAAAUUUGGGACAAAUAAUUUAGAAAUUUUAGUGCA